UGGUUUCACUGUGUUGGAAUAGCUCUUAAGAGUGCUGAGCACCAUGUAGGUGCCGUUUCCCAUAGGAAGGAACCCAGCGCUUGCCACGGCCCCUUCGGCUACGUGUCAGACAGGUGCCGUGCUCCCCUUGCGUGCCUGCUUUCUUUCCAGGGAAGUGGAUCAAGUGGUCUCGGGGGCCCAGGGUGGUAGCUCUUCGGGUUUGCGACAAGCAGACUUAAAUGUUUUUGCUUGAGGAGUGGAGGUCCUUCUAACGCCAUGAGCCUGCUCUUGCUUUUCCAGCUGAGCAUCGAGCAGGCCCAGACUGUGGCGGAGCAGGUAGAGAUGAAGGCAAAGGUGGUACAGUCGGAGGUCAAAGCCGUGACGGCAAGGCACAAGAAGGCCCUGGAGGAGCGGGAGUGCGAGCUGCUGUGGAAGGUAGAGAAGAUCCGCCAGGUGAAAGCCAAGUCCCUGUACCUGCAGGUGGAGAAGCUGCGGCAGAGCCUCAACAAGCUCGAGAGCACCAUCAGUGCCGUCCAGCAGGUCCUGGAGGAGGGCCGGGCGCUGGAUGUCCUGCUGGCCCGGGACCGCAUGCUGGCCCAGGUGCAGGAGCUGAAGACCGUGCGCAGCUUCCUGCAGCCCCAGGAAGACGACCGCGUCAUGUUCACACCACCCGACCAGGCCCUGUACCUCGCCAUCAAGUCCUUUGGCUUCGUCAGCAGCGGGGCCUUUGCGCCGCUCACCAAGGCCACGGGCGAUGGCCUCAAGAGGGCCCUCCAGGGUAAGGUGGCCUCCUUCACCGUUAUUGGCUACGACCAUGAUGGGGAGCCUCGCCUCUCAGGGGGCGACCUGAUGUCAGCUGUGGUCCUGGGCCCCGAUGGCAACCUAUUUGGUGCCGAGGUGAGCGACCAGCAGAAUGGGACUUAUGUGGUGAGCUACCGGCCUCAGCUGGAGGGUGAGCACCUGGUGUCUGUCACCAUGUGCAACCAGCACAUCGAGAACAGCCCCUUCAAGGUGGUGGUCAAGUCUGGCCGCAGCUACGUGGGCAUCGGGCUCCCGGGCCUGAGCUUCGGCAGUGAGGGCGAUAGCGACGGCAAGCUCUGCCGCCCCUGGGGCGUGAGUGUGGACAAGGAGGGCUACAUCGUCGUGGCUGACCGCAGCAACAACCGCAUCCAGGUGUUCAAACCAUGUGGCGCCUUCCACCACAAAUUCGGCACCCUGGGCUCCCGACCCGGACAGUUUGACCGGCCAGCUGGUGUGGCCUGCGACGCCUCCCGCAGGAUCGUGGUGGCCGACAAGGACAAUCAUCGCAUCCAGGUCUUCACGUUCGAGGGCCAGUUCCUGCUCAAGUUUGGCGAGAAGGGAACCAAAAACGGGCAGUUCAACUACCCUUGGGACGUGGCGGUGAACUCUGAGGGCAAGAUCCUGGUCUCUGACACCCGCAACCACCGGAUCCAGCUGUUCGGUCCCGAUGGCAUCUUCCUUAAUAAGUACGGCUUCGAGGGGGCUCUCUGGAAGCACUUUGACUCCCCCCGGGGCGUGGCCUUCAACCACGAGGGCCACUUGGUGGUCACCGACUUCAACAACCAUCGGCUCCUGGUCAUCCACCCCGACUGCCAGUCUGCGCGCUUCCUGGGCUCUGAGGGCACUGGCAACGGGCAGUUCCUGCGCCCACAGGGUGUGGCCGUGGACCAGGAGGGGCGCAUCAUUGUGGCCGAUUCCAGGAACCACCGGGUGCAGAUGUUCGAGUCCAACGGCAGCUUCCUGUGCAAGUUUGGCGCCCAAGGCAGUGGCUUUGGGCAAAUGGACCGCCCUUCUGGCAUCGCUGUCACCCCCGAUGGGAUGAUCGUGGUGGUGGACUUUGGCAACAAUCGGGUCCUCAUCUUCUAAUCACGUUCUCUAGGCUUCCGUGUUUGGGCUGUGCGUGCGUCUCUCUCUCUCUCUCCUUUUGAAUUUCAAAGAAGAAACAGUCUCAGGGAAAUUUCUUUUUUUCUUUUGUUUAAAGAGAACAAGAAAAGUACAACAUUGCUUAAGUCCUACCUCAUCUUUAUUUUUUUACAGAUGAAUGUACUUAUCUUUUCUGCAGGGAUUGAGCCUGUGACGUGAUAAUUUCUAUCUACCUCAUAAAUCUUUACAUUUCCUUCUCCAGCAGGCCCUCUGCCCACCUCCCCACCCUCACUCAGUGGAGUUCACGUUCCUCUCUGACCCUUUGUGGGGCGUGAUAUGCACAAGCCUGGCGUCUCUGUGGCUGGGGGGGGGGCACUGGAUGGGUGGUGGGGUGUAUUCUGUAGAUUGAGCCAAGGAAACAUGAAAGAACUACUAAGUAAAAAAAAAAAAAAAACUAUAAAAUGUGGAAAAAUAAGAUUUAAAAUGCUGAAUUAUAGAGUAUUUGUGUUCUGGAGAAUACUGUGUUUAUGGGAUUAGAUUGUGUUGUGAUCUUGAUCUUUUUAGGAAAUCUUUUUUUUUUUUUUUAAUGCUGCAACAGAGAACUUUUCUGUGUUCUCCUUUUAUACCUCAGUGUGUAUCAUCCUGUUCAGCAUCUUUUCUUAUUCUUAGAAGAUAUGGAUGUGGCUGUGGCUUGCUAGCCAAGAAAAGCAGACUAUUCUAUUCAUGUUUUAGGGUAUGUAAUCUUUGCUUCUUUUAAGGGAUGGUGUGUGUGUGUGUGUGUGUGUCUGUCUGAGUGUCUGAGCCAUCUUAUACCAGAAUAGUAAAGCUGAAGAUCAUACACCACCACCCAGAGAAACUUUCCUUCUCACACUUUGGUUUCUAAAAAAUAGAUGUAGCUUAGGAUUUUCAAUUAAAAGUAUUCUCAAAAGUUAAGUAUUUUUAGUUUGUUAUUGGUUAUAAAGUUCAGUGGAAGGAAGAAGAAAAUUAGCCUCAUUCUCAGAAAGAGGGUGUCAGACCUGCCUGGCCCGUGGACUUGAGUGUGGGCCGGCGGGCGUGUGCUGAGGUGGUCCAUAGAGAGCAUAAGAAAGCAACAGGCUACCCCAAACUCUGCGGGAGGGCAGAGGUCAGUCCCUGACCUCUGCUUGAAUGUUGUUCUGUUAAUAAUGCUAGGUGUUUCUCUUUCUGAACUUUUCCUUUAAAAGCACAAUUUUUACCUGCUUUGGAAGUUCAGGGAAAUAGAAUGUUUGACAGUCAAAUGAAUAGGAACAACCCAUCCCUACACCCUCUGCUCGGGUCACUUAUACGGAGUGGUCUGCUCCCGAGCCGUGCAGUAGGACCUCAUGGUUAACAUGAAUUUUCUCCCCAAAGGCCUUUGAAUGUAAAAGAUUUGUAAACCAAAUUGCCCCAACCCAAAAUGUAGGCUGUAAUAUUUUUUGUUACACCUCUGUCUCGGUACCAAAGAAUGAAAAUUUAGCCAGGCUCCCGCUGCAGAACUGUGGGAUGGCAUCCGUCACUUUACAGGGUUGGUUUGUAGUAAGCUGGACUUGGGUACAGAGCCUUGUGCUUCUGGACAUUAUCUGUCUUUCACGUGGAAAGUAGGCAUAGCUAAUAUCCUGCUUGUGAGAACCUAUAUGGGUCCCUGCAUUCUCCCAAGUACUGAGGAAGAACCACAUUCCAGAGUAGCACACCUCAGGAGCCCAAGGUGUUCUCAGACGGCAGGGGCUUGCUUCCAGGGAAACCUCUUGUUCAAAUAGAAGGACUAACGUCAGUUUCUGUUCCUGUAUUUCAGAGAAACUCCCCUUGCAGUAGAGAUGUAGUUUUAAAUGAACCAAAUGAAGUGACACAUGGAGCAAUUUGUUUUUGUCAUCCCAAAAGAAAAGGAAUUGAUGGGGGUGGUGUAGCAACUCAGUCAAAUUGGUUUUCUCGUCCAGCUCUUUCGGACAUUUACCACUUCAAGGUACCCUGUGUCCUCCCCAUUGCUUUAGUUCUAGGGUUUCUGAAUGACCAAAAUGGGAAAAAACUCACUUCAUAAAGGAGAACCGCAUGCAGUAAAGGAUCCAAAAAUUGGAAAGUCACACCAGACGACUGCCUCUCAGCUGCUGUGUUUCAGGGCAAGGAGGCGUCAGGAAAUCUUGUUUUGUAAAACCACGUUUUCUUUUAUUGAAGCAAUCUUGAAUCCUUCCCCAGUUCCUGUUCGGUUGCCUUUUAUUUGCCCCUAGGUUCUAAGUUCUUUGGUAAAGAGUUUGUGUAAUUAAACAUUUUUAUUGUUUUUUAUUUUGGA